AUGAGUGAGAUACGAGACCUAACUUGGUUCGGCUCACUCAAUCUUACCAUAUCUAUAGAUCCUGAGCUGCUCUUGGCCAGUUCCAAUGUCCCACAGGGGUCAAGUGCCAAAUUAACUUCCGUCAGUAUUAGAGUUCCGAGAGAAUCAUACUUGGUUCUUUACUUACCGUACAUUGUUGGACGUUUUGAACCUCAGCUGAGGAAUAAUGUUGUUGAUUAUUACAAUGGGUGGUGGUUCGAAAUGGAAGGUGUUCCUAUAUCGUGGAACUAUCCUAUAGGUGCCCUUUUCGAUUCUUUGACGGGACUUAAUCCAGCAAUUAGAUCUACACAGUUUUGUGAUAACAGCCUAAAUGUGUGGAACCUCACUCUCCGACACGGGACCCAUCUGCCCUCAAGUGUGAUACCGUUGAGGGCCGGUAGUGAACAGAUUAGGGAAAUGUGGAUGCACCAAUGGAAGCAAGCCUGCUUUGUCAUGAAUGGAUCAUCAAAGCUCAUCAUGUCGUUUUCUAAAUCAGAUACUUUAGCUUUUUGGGAUGCUAUAGUUCGGAGAGACUUGGGGAAGUUUAACUUGAUAAGACAACGAAUAGUUCCCGAGGCAAGUUCCAUGAAGUCACUUCCACUAAGAUUACACCUCUCAUUGCCAGAUAUAAGGCUGGUCGAACCUGUCUGCAAUACGUACGAUAAUGGCAAAGAAACUCUCCUCAGUGAUGUUUUGGGGCAAGAAUUUCCUGAGUGGUUCAACAUUAGCAGCGUCUCCGCGUCACUCGCAAAAGCUGUAGCACAGGGAAUUGACAUACCUGUGGAGGCGCCUGUUUUAGCUCUGUACUUACAGCUCGCCAGCUUUGACGGGUUUUUGCACGUCUCGCUCUGUUUGGAAGGCCAGAGAGAAAGCUAA